AUGGAUCCCACUAUUGGCUACACUAAUGGAAAGAGACCACAUGCGGAUACACCUGGGUCUCUAUCUAUCCUCAAAAUUGCGCGUCUUUCAGAACCUCUGGGAGGUGAAAAUAUCAUCACUGCCCCUGUUCAGUCUUCUUCUUCAGCGCCAACUUUAUCUGAAACCAUGGACGUUACCAAUCCCUUUACUGGACGGCCUUAUAGCCCGUCCUACUUCAAUAUUCUAGAAGCUCGACACAAACUCCCGGUGUACGAGAAAAAGGAGUUAAUCCAGAAAACCGUUCUUGCCAAUCCGCUCACGCUCCUUGUUGGGGAGACGGGUAGUGGAAAAACCACCCAGGUGCCACACUUUUUGGCCGAGAUGCAAGUUAGCUUCCCAGGGCUGAUUGCGUGCACGCAGCCGCGACGGAUUGCGGCCAUCUCCGUCGCCACCCGCGUCGCCGAGGAGAUGGAUGUCGUUCUAGGUGAAGAAGUGGGCUUUCACGUUCGCUUUCAAUCGAAGAAAUCGGAGAAGACGCGGGUUCUUUACCUGACGGAUGGCAUGUUGCUCCGUGAGACCGCCUCGGAUCGGGAUCUUUCCAAAUACAACGUCGUCGUCGUGGAUGAGGCGCACGAGCGCACGAUCGACACCGAUGUGCUGCUCGGGCUCCUUAAACAGCUCCUCACCCGACGCCCCGCACUCCGCGUGGUGGUGAUGUCCGCGACGUUAGAUGUCGGGAAGAUCCAAUCCUUCUUCCCCCAGGCCCCUUUGUUGCAGGUGAGUGGACGGAUGUUCGAGGUGGAGGUGGUGUACGCACCGCAGCUCGUGAAGGAUUACGUCGAGGAGGCGGUGCGUCGCGUCUGCGAGAUUCACCGCGGCGAGCCCGCGGGCGACGUGCUUUGUUUUUUAACCGGCGAGGCGGAGAUCGAACGGGCGGUGGCGGCCACCCAGGCGGCGCUCACGCGGACCUCCGCGGGGUUUGAGCCGGCAUCGGAAGGGGCAUCGCCCUCUUCGAGGACGGCCGCGUCGAGGCCGUCGGAGGCGAUGGUGCUCCCCCUCUUCGGCUCGCUUUCUCUGGCGGAGCAGCAGAAGGUGUUUCGAGGAACCCCGCCAGGGGUGCGGAAGAUUGUCUUCGCCACGAAUAUCGCGGAGACCUCCGUAACCAUCGACGGGGUGGUUUAUGUGGUCGACUGUGGGUAUCAAAAGCAGAGUCUUUACAACUCCCAGGCGCGUGUGGAUUAUUUGGUGCCCGCCGUGAUUAGCCAGGCGUCGGCGGAGCAGCGGAAGGGUCGGGCCGGGCGGACGCGUCCGGGGAAAUGCUAUCGCCUGUACACGACCUCGGACUUUCGCCAGUUCCCCCCGCAGACCUACCCGGAGAUCCUACGGACGAAUCUCGUCAACCCCGUGCUUCUACUCCUCACCUUGGGGGUGGGGAACCCGUGCGAGUUCCCUUUCAUCGACCCCCCGUCCCAGGAUGCCCUGGAGGAUGCUUUUUAUCAGCUUCUUUUCUUCGGCGCCGUGGACGACGCGCUGGGGUUGACGGAGUUCGGGGCCCGGAUGGCGGCCUUCCCUGUGGAUGCGUGGUUGUCGAGGAUGCUCCUCAAAGCGGAGGCUCACCGCUGCGCCGCGGACGUCGCCGUCGUCGCGGCGAUGCUCGAGGCGGGAAACGUCUUCGUUCGCCCGCCGUCGCGCGCCGCCGAGGCGGAUCAGGCGCGCGCCCAGUUCGCCCACCCCGAUGGCGACCACCUGACGUUGUUUUUUAUUUUUCACGGCUACUUUCGCCAUCAAUCCGAGGGCGCGAAGUAUUGCUGGAGUCAUUUCCUCCGCCAUCAGACGCUCCAGCAGGCGGUGCAGAUCUACCACCAACUCCGACAGUUAAUGACGCAGCACCACAUUUCGGUCUGCUCCACCUACGAAGAGAAAACGAAUACCGUCGACACCGUGGCGCUUCGCCGCGCGAUUUUGGAAGGUUUCUUCACGCAAGUAGCGUACCUGCCCCCUAAAGGAAACCAUUAUCUCACGGUUCGCGACGGGCUGACUAUUCAGCUGCAUCGUCAGUCCGUGUUGAGUAGCAAGAGUCGAAUGCGCCCAACGUGGAUCAUGUACGACCGGCUGGAGGUGCACGGCGAGGACGGCAUGUUUGUGCGCGUGGCAUCCCCGGUCGAGCCCGAGUGGCUUCUCCAGACGAGUGAGUUCUUUUUCUGCACUGCGGAAAUCAGCAACGGCGAGGCGGCUUUGGUUCUGAAGAAGCUCGCGGCGCAGGAAGUGAGGACCAAAGCGGUCUGA